GGCCACUGUAACACUCAGCUCUGCCCUUUCCAUGUGUGCUGAUUUGAACAAUGCUGCAUAUAGACUAACUUCCACGUUUCCGCCCUUUACUACGGCCCUUAACCGCGCGAAAAACCGAUUCCCUUCGUCAAGGCUUUGACGUGCUAUCCUGACAGCUGUGUUCACAAGUUGUCAAGUGUUUGGGGCUGCUUCGUGGACUGCGGUGCGCGCCCAUGCCGCCUCUACACCUACAGUUCGAGCACGCUGAGUUAGCUUCGGCAAGUUCUAACGCAGCUGAACGUCUGCUAUAAGCAUGGAAGACAUAUUCUACAAACUUGUGAAGGAAGCUUCACAUCAGAAGCAUCCUGCGUUACGCCAAGCAUGCCAGGAAGCCCAAGAGGCCUUGGCAAACAAGCAUGCUUUGUUGAGGAACCCGCCAUAUGAAGUCAGGCAAAAAUGCUUUGACGCUUUGCAACUGGCAUUGGAAACCAAAGAAAAGAAGCUUGUUUCCCUGUCCUUUAGUGGCUUACAGCAACUACUUCGAGAACAGCUCUUCAAUCCAAACCUGGAAUGUGAUGAUGAACAGCUUUGGUUGCCAUCUCAACUGAUGAGAGCCAUCUCGUCUCUGGCCUCCCAUCCAGAGGAAGCACAAGUUGAAGGCUUGAAGGUUAUCCUGCAGUGCUGCUGCCUUCAGAACUGGUGCCUCUCGCAAAAUGCAGGUCUUCUCAUCGUGACGCUGUGCCUGAACAUCUACAGCCACGGCUCCGCUGGGACCAAGUCCGCUGCCGUGGCCUCGGCCAGCCAAAGCGUGCAGGGCUAUGUGUCUUUCCUCUUUGAGUCUGCCGCAGGAGCAGCAGAUGAGGAAGAGAGGAAAAGUGUGGACGAAGGAUGCGAUCCCUAUAAUGAAGGCCACAUUUCCCCAUUCGAUGAAGUUGUGCCACUGUUUCUUUUUCUCUGCGAGAAGCUGAAAGAGGACAAACGGAAUGGCUCUAGCUCAACGGCUCCACUGCUGCUGCACUGUAUUCAGACAGGCCUGAGCUCUCGAGGCCAGGCUAGGAAAAGUCAGCCUUUUUUAGACUUUGUUUGGCAGCAGUUGUGCCCGAGGCUGGUGGGCUGCCUUGGUUCCCCGCUGAAGGACAAGAACAUAGUGUCCGCACAGCGUUUUGAGAAGGGUGAAAUGGGCAGGGGCUCAGGCUGCCUCACCACUGCUCCCUCGUAUCAUGCUGAAGAGGCAAGGCUCGUCUAUGGCAUUGCCCUGGAGCUGGUGACCAUCGUGGGGGAGGUUGGAGCCUUGCGACCGGUGUUGGGGUCUCUCUUCCACAGAAUGCUGCUGUACCCAUUGCCACAGCACUGUCUCGAGCCGCUCAAGUUUGUCAAGCAGAUGCUGAAGAACCCAGAGCAGUUGCUGCAGUUUGCAGGACCUCCACUGUGGGAAGACACCAAAAACCCACAGUUGAGCAGCCUAGACUUGCUGAAAAUCGUUGUCGAUGGGCUUGGAGAGUGCUGCCACAGCAAUGAACCCAGUGUCUGCUACAUCAGCGUCGAAUGCACUGUGGCACUGCUGUCAACUUUGGAGACCUUGGUUUCGGGCUCCAGAAUCUCGGACCAGAUGGCAGAACGGCUGAACGCCACCUUUCCGACAUUACAGUGUGCAGACUAUGUCGGUUCAUCAUUUCUGUACGAGAAGUCAGCUCGAGGUGCAUUUCGAAACGGGUGGCAAGCGACGGACAUCAAAAGCACGGAGAACGAGCCUGCACCCGUGGUUGAAGGAGCUCAUGUCGUACACCAGACGAGAAUGAGCCAGUGCUCUGACUACGAAGAGCUUCACAGUGGCAGCUACAUGGAAUACAGCCUAGGUGAUGAAGUGUCAGAGUUUGCAGAUGAAAGCCUUUAUGACACUGACUUGGCUGAUAAGCCACUGGAAGAAGAAACAGACAUCUUGGCUGAGGCAAGAACUUCAGCCAUGGAGAGAGCAGCAAAGACGUUGAUGAAGGACGCCAACGAAAGCGAGAGAAACCGGCUGGAAAAGUUCUUCGAGUCUAACAAUGAGUUUGCUGAGCGAGAGCGCAAGACUGCCAGGGACUUUGUCGAUCACUUGGCUUCCUUUCUGCCAGGCCUUCUGCACAUUCGCAGCUCCAUCGAGGCAGAUCAGGAGCUGCAGCAGUUUGCCAGCGACUACGCUGAAACCCUGUGGCAACAACAGCAGCAGCAACACAGUGGCACUGAGCUCGAGGGCACGCCACAGCACAUCACGAUCGUUAAUGCUGAUGGAAUCUACCUUGCUACCUAUUCUGCCCUCCUGCUGGACCUAAAGCUCAUUCACAGUGGAUACCGCAAGAAGCUUACUGGGGACGUACCAUUGACAGAGGAAAAAUUUGUGGACGAGGUACAUGGAAGUGGUGUGCUAGUGUAUUUGUCAGCGACAUGGCUGUCAGAGCUGUAUCAGCAAGUGCUUGCAAGAAGCCUACUGCGUGAAGCCGGAUACGAGCCUGAAUCCAAAAUGAACCUUGCACUCAUCAACUUACUCACAGAUGUAGAUGGCCUCGGUAGUGAUCAGUUAGGCUCACGUCAACUGUCGGAUUAUCGAAGAUUAGAGAGGGCCGCCACCAAUGUGGUCUUUACUUCUCACAUGUUGGCUGGCAUGAAGUUUGCUCGUCAUGUGCUGACUGCAUGUUGGGACACUAUGCUGGAGGUUCUGUCAGUGCUCCUUAAUGGCACGAACUCCUGUGGCAUUGCAAGCUCUCUGGGCCUCUUGCUCGGAACGGAUGGUGCCAAAGAAGAUCAUCGCAAAGCUCGGGAGGCUGUGGCCAACUGCCUUGACGGACUGCAGUGCGCUGCAAAACUCUGCAACAUCCUUGGACUGCAGACCAAAUGUGGAGCCAUCUUUGCCCAGCUGGCAGCGGCAUCUUGUCCGGCUUUGGAUUCCAAUGGGGGCGUUGCCGGCCAGGCGCGCAGGAAGACUUCCAAGAGGGACCGCCUCCGCAAGACGAUGAUGUCUAGCCGCAGCAAGUCGGUGCGGCUGCAUGCAUCACACGUCCUCAGCAUGGAUGUCCUGCUUAGUCGGGGCCUUGAACUGGGAAGUCACAGUGCGGUGUGCUGGAAGCAUGUGUUCAGGUGCUGCAGCUACAUAUUGGAACUGGAGCAGAGCUGCUUCCAGGUGAAGCCAACCUCUUCGUCACCUUCGGGGUCCUCUCACCUGAAGCUGCAGCUCUCCUCCUUCUCGUGGGGCGAAAAGGUUCAGCAGGCAUUGAGCCCGAAAGCUCAGCCUUCCUCUGACUGCCUCCUUCUUCAGCCACCAUCUGAACAGUUCGAAGAGGAAAUGGCUGUGGAGGCCCUGUCAAUGCCUGGUGUUGGUCACGCGGGCAGUGCCAAUGUCGUGGACCUAGUAAAGAACGCUACCCAAGCGUCUGGCUCCUCUGUCCUCAUGGGAAAGCAGCUGCAACCUAUUAUUGAAGCACUCUCACAGCUAGUCGACAGGCUUUUUGAUGAGGCAGCUGGUAAGCUGAAUUUGUGUGCUCUGGUCGACUUCUUGUCGGAGCUAUGUGCUGCUAGCCGGAACCAGCUGUUCAACCGGGGCACUCCGCUCACCGCUCGACACUCCGUGCUGCUGCUGAGCAGGCUGAGUGAGGUGAUGCUUCGGUGUUCCCGUGGAGGUCGACCACUGGUGCACAUCAUGAAGGCCUGGAGUGUCGUGGCACCUCACUUCGUUGAGGUGGCUUGUCACAAGGACAACGUGAUUGCCAAAAGGGCAGUGACUUCAAUUCAUGACAUUGUGGGUGCCCUGUUGUCGACGCACAUUGAUCUGCCUCACUUCCACUUCAACGAAGCACUGUUCAAGCCUUUUGAGAACAUCCUCUGCCUGGAGCUUUGUGACGUGGACAUUCAGGAGCAGAUUGUGAGCUGCAUCUGCGAGUUUGUCGAAGGAUCAACUGCGGAAAUUCGCUCUGGUUGGCGGCCGUUGUUUGGCGCACUGCGUGCCGUGCGCAUGCCUUGUGCCGUAGCGGGACCCCGCACUCAACAUGGAAGCUCCACCAGUAGUGCCAUAUCUGAACGAGAGCAGCUGGAAAGAACUCACCACUUGCGAGUUGUUCUUGACGUGUUUGAUGCCUUCCUCGGCACUGACAAUCCAAGCGUCUUUGCCAACGCUGCUGUUGAUUGCCUCCUCUGUCUUCUGAAGCAUGUCCGAGGACCAGCUGAGCUACAAGACCAGGCUGAAUCUGAGGCAUGCCUUGCUCAAGACGGGGAGGUAAUACCCCUCAACCUGUGCCAAGCUGCCCUGCGCUACCUGGAGAGAUGCGCCCAGAUGCUCUCUUCCAUGUACCUGAUGCCGGCAUGUCCAGUCUUCCACUCGGCUCGCAGGAUCAAAUUCAACUCUGAACCGAACUGUGUAGACCCAGUCUUACCCAACAUGGAGCUCAUUUUAUUCAAGGAGCCCGAUUCUGUGUCUCAACACUCUGACAAUGAAAAUGCAAAUGAUGAAGGAGCGAGCAAGGCAUGGUACGUCCAGAGUGAAAUAGCCGAAGAGGCUGUACCUGCAUCAGUUGACGAAACCGUGAGCCUAGAAGAGCUUGAUCGGCCAACUGGAGUGCUACAUGUCUGGUUUCUACUGCUGGAGGGCCUGGCCGGCGCAGUGGCUACGUGUCCUCGCCGCUACCAACCGCACACCAUCGACACACUGUUCCAAAUGCUGAGGAAACUUCGAGAGGUUCCUGGGCCAGAGUUUGGUGUGUACGCUGUGAAUCACUUACUGCUUCCAAUGCUUCAAGGAUGGUUGCGUCGGGCAUCAAAGACAUACCGUGGUUGGGAUGGCUUUGCCAACAACUUCAAGCAGUGCUGUGGCCUAGCAACAGAGCUCGUGGUCGAAUACCUGGGAGAACUGUCAGCCUCGGGUGCUCUUACCCAAGUGCGAGGUCUCAUGCUUAUGGUUCAUCAGCUCUUCUUAGUACUGGCCGAAUGCAUCGCCCAACCAGUGGAGGUCGUGUCAAGGCUAGGAUGCGCCUGCAUUCGACAUCUGUUGGUGAGCGGCGGGCCCUCGCUGUCGCCCGAACUGUGGCGCGUCGCGGCGUCCAGCGUGUGGCGCGCGACGAGGGCCACCUUGCUGGCCGCCCAGCAGCUGAUGGUGUGCUUCCACGCCGGCUCGGAGAACUUCUACGGCGACGUCGGGCAGGCCAAGGUGGCCGUCCGCCGGGACUGCACCUGCCAGGAGGCCGACCGCCUCAGGCAGCUCUGCCGACAGGUUUUCCUUCUGGACGCCCAGCGUGCCACCUUGCACGUUGCCUCGUGCCGCGUGGAGUCUGCGCCGACCGCGGUCGACCAGGAAUGCUCCUUCAUAUUCCUUCUACACCCGCCUGACAAGGAUUCCAUACCGUCUACGUCACCGCACCCCAGCAGCUACGUCGUACGGGUUCCGUUCCAGCAGCUGGUGGUGGGGCUCCUGUCUCACCAGAUUCUGCUGCAAACGCUGGCCACGCUGUUGCUCGAAAGCACGCGGUUCCGUCUGCCGGCGCUCGCCAGCGUGCUCGCUUGCCCCGCGUCUCCUGCCCGCAGCAAGCAACGACCCGGCCAGUACCGCCUUGCCGGUCAGCUGGAAGUGAUACCCGUGGAACAGCUUCGCAGCCUGCUCUCCGUGCUCGAGGAAUCGUGCGGCACGGCCACCGACUUCGACGAAAGGCCCGGCCUCAAGUUCCUGGUCCAGAAAGUCGCUCGCUGCGAGGUGGCCGCCAACCUGUUCAAGCAGGCGGCCAUCAGCUGGGCCAUACAGGCCGUGGUGCUCCUCGAGCUGUGUCUGGGCCGACCUGCUGCCCAGCCGCUAACGAUGGACGCCGUGAACCGACUCGUGGCGUCCUCUGGCUCUCCCAAGUCUAGACGGGACGAAGAGGAAUGCUGCGAUGGUGGAAGCGAGGAUGAAAACGAUGAAGAGCGAGAAAUAGACGAGGAAGAUCUUCGGCAAACCGUAGAGAGGGUGAAAGACGAAGUUCAAGACCCGAAAGGGGGUGACAGAGAAGGCUUAGAAAGGAACGAAGAUCGGAAAGGAGAGCCGAAGGGCGAGGAAACAACGAAGGUUGGCGCUGACGGCGACGGCUCAGUCCGAGAAGAAGUGGACGUCUCGGAGAAGGCCGCCAUUAAGGGCGAGGGCGAUUCGAAGUCAACGCAAGACGAAACGGUCGAGAACGAGCGCGUCCUUGAUACGGGUGCAGGUGAUAGCUUAUCAGCGGGUGAGGUGAAGGAUGACAGCCACGGUGGAGGAGACAAGGGCGUGGAACGUGGGAAGGAAUAUGAGCGCGUGGAGACCUCGGGAAAGUGCGGCGAACGUUCUCGUCUGGCUAAAAGAGACGGCGAAGUGUCGGCGUCGUCAUCGUCCGAGGACGGUGAAGACGAAGCGAGAGCGCCGAUCGACUCCUUCGAGGAGGACAAGUGCCAGUGGAGAAAGAGAAGGCGACGGCGGUUGCGGAGAGAGCAGCGUAUUUCCGAAUCCCUGAGCCUCCGGAGGGCAAAAAGUAGUCUCAGUGAAGCUAGCGGCGAGGAUUGGAACCCAUACCGGCGGCUGCGGUCGCUUUUUGCCGACCUGUGCGCGCAUUAUGCGCGGGUGGCGUCCCCAGAGGCCAAGGAGGGCGCCAUCUUGGACCGCGUGUGCGACCAGCCCAUCUUCUUCCUCAUGGCGCAGCCGGACACCCUCCCGGACAUUUUGCCGGACAGGCGCGUAUCGCGGGCAGACAGCGCCGGUUCUGCUGCGGGCUCCGAACCAGCUCCUCGCCAUCCCGUUCCUCUACUGGCCACCGACUCGUCGUCAGACUCGUCCGAGCCCGAGAUGGCGUCCGAGUCGGCGCUGCAGCCUGACCGCGUCUACUCGAUCGUCACCGAGCGGGCCAUCCAGUCCAUGGUUUCCGAGUACAAGCGGCGCAAGACGAGGCACUCGAUGCCGGCACCCGUGGCUCCGCCGUCAGCGGCAGCACUCCGCCACCAGAGGUCGUCAGUGAGCAGCGUGGCGAGCAAGAAGUCCUCUCUUUCCAAGGGCGCGUCAAUGGGCUCCGACGAAGGUGGUGCCGUAGUUGAGAACGCCGGUACCUCCUCGCCUCCUCCUCUGCCUACAGAGGUGGAGAACCAGCGCAGAAGCUCCAUUCUCAAGGAUGCAGAAGCCCAUGCGCAAGUGUGGUCCCAACUGGCCCAAUCUGUUCUCGAACUUCACCUUUCUCUUUGCGAGGCUGAGUUCUUGGCCUUGGUGCCUGUGUUCUACGCGGGCGUCGAAGUGCUAAUCAAUUGCGGGUCUUCGGAGCCAGAGCUGAGGGCACUCAUCGCCGACUGGCUGCAUCGCGUGGCUCUCUGCUUAGGCUUCAGCGGCAGCUUGGUAUCUUCUAGCACCUCGCGGCAACACCUCUAAAACUCGGGAAAUGGGCUUCAUGUGUUAAUGUUCUCUGUGAGAUCUAAAUGUUAAAGCCCAGCUUCAUUGUUACCGAAUUUUUCCCUGCUUGCAGUACAGCUUCGGAAUAAGCCCUGUGCUAUCCUUUCUUCGUUAAUAUCUUCCAGCAUUGCUGCCCAGAGGUCGUCUCGUACGACCACAUGGAGCUUGUUUGUUCAGUGGUCAGCUAUGCAGUGCUGUAAUGAGACGUUUGCAUAGAGACUUUCUAUUUUGAUUUGCUUGUAAUUGCCGUGUGCUGACGCAAGAUUUUGACUGUCAGCUGUUGAGUUCUGAGAAAGCCCAUACAAUGCUGGAAAUUUCGUGGGAAAGAAAAAAACUCUCGUGUUACAGAUGGGUGGAAUUUUCCUUUUGAAAGAUUUCGACUGAGCUCAAUUUGGUCUUAGUUAUAUUGUCCUUUCAGAUUAUUGUAAAAACGUACGGAUAUACAGUCAAUCCCCUUCCUAAUAGACAGAUGUUAUCUAGAGACAAAUAGGUAUAAGAGACACCACUCUGCCUGCAUUGAAACCGGUGUUGAUGAUCAAAAACGUACAAGGUACCCUGCUUAUAAGGGAGAUCUCAUAUAAAAGAGAAAAAUUGCUGCCCAAUUAUAUCUUUUUUUUAAGAGGAUUUAACUGUAUUGCAAUUAUGAAAAUCUGGUAUGUGCAAACUAUAAACCUUUCUUAUAGUUUCAAGGAAGAUCAGUCAAUGAAAG